UAAACAUAGUUUUUGAUAUUUUAAUUUGUUUUUAUCCAUUAUUGACAGAGAGGAAGAGGAAAGGAGGGAGGAGGAUGAGGCAGGAGGAGCCAAGGGUUUCGAGCUAGGGGACAUGCUUCACCAAAUAGUCAGUUGAAGAUAGCCGCCUAUUUGCUUUGUAAAGGUCUGCUUGCAGUAGGAAAUGUCCUGUGAGAAUCGGAAAGGCACUGAAAUGCAAAACAUGAACAAUAAGGAUUCACAACAAAAUUUAGUUCAAUCAACAUGCAACUAUCUUAGUAAUAGCUUUCCAUGGUGGAAUUCAGGUGGACCUCAUAUUGUGUUGUACCCUACUACGACUAAUUUAUAUGCCAACGCAAACUCUCUGGCAUUAAAUCAGAUAAAACAAGUUGGAAAUCAGAAUCAAGAGCAAGAGUCGUCAUCAACACAGUCCACUGGACAUUCUCAUCAUGAAGUGUCUGGAAAGAGAGAAGAUAACCUCAAUGAACGAUGUGUCUCAGCACAAUCUGGUGCAAUUCAUGAUAAGGCAGAUGAAAAAGGUGAUGAACGCAUGCAUGAGAAGCUUGAGCAGGGUCAUCCAAAACAGGUUUUAUCAGCAGGGAGCACACAAUUCUUCUAUGCACCACAAAAACUUGAUUGUAAUCAGUCUCUUCAGGCUUAUCUUCCUUAUGCCUAUUCGGAUGCACACUAUGCAGGAGUCAUGGCUGCUUAUGGUUCUCAUGCCGCUAUUCAUCCUCAAAUGAUGGGCUUAUCACCUUGCUCUCGUGUGGCCUUACCUCAUCAGCCAGCAGGAGAAGAACCCAUAUAUGUCAAUGCUAAACAAUACAAAGCAAUCCUCCGAAGAAGGCAGCAUCGGGCAAAGCUAGAGUUUCAUAAUAAAUCUUCAAAAAACCCACGCAAGCCAUAUCUUCAUGAGUCUCGACACCUUCAUGCCAUGAAGAGAGCUAGAGGAACUGGUGGAAGAUUCCUAAACACCAAGAAGAUUCAGGAUGCUUCAGGACUCCAUGAUUUCGCAGGUUCUGAACCUCCGCAACCUGGCAGAACAGUAGGACUCCAUAAUGGCGCGGCGAUCUCUUCCGCCACGCCGACGUGUUCGGAAAUAACGAGCGUUUCAAACGAUGGCGGGCAAGUGGUCAAGCUCCAUUCUCAAGCCCACCUUGGUUUCACCUAUGGUUGUGAUGGUUUGUUCAACAAUGGCACCAAGCUUCGGGUGCCGGUUGCGAGGUAGAGAUGGGGAGGUCAUCGUCGUGCCGAUCUCCCGGCAAUUCAUCCUUGGCUUUAGUAUUGUUUCCAUGAGGCUUAGUUCUUCCUUGUUCCAUUGGUGGUUAACUCUUGGAGAAUGUAUAUAUAUGUGGGACCUUUCUAUGUAGUUUUUGGCAAACUUUGUUAUCAGUUGGUUGUGAACCAGAGAUUGCAAGCGCUUCUUAGUUAUAUUUGGGACCAACGCUUACUAGUUUGUAUUGCCUGGUAGAUGUAACAGCCAGGGCAAUCCCAUGGCAAGCAUUUUGGGAUUAAUUCAAGUUUUAUUCUGUUCUCUUU